CUUAGUUUUGCUAUUGUUUUAGGAUAAUUCAUUUGUGAUUAUCUGAACUUGGUGGUUAAUAAGAGAUCAAUGGAAUCCUUGCCGCCGGAUUCAAUCCCAAUCCGAGCUUUUCUGCAUUGCCUCUUUUCGCAUAGUUAAUUCUAUUGAAUACCUCUUGAUUAUAGCUGCAAUUACCCCUACUUAUUGUUUGAAUUCCUCAACAUAUACAUCUCUAUCUCCGAUCAUAGCAUAGUUGGGGCAAAUUGAUGGCCCCUCAAAGCAGGAGACGCCUCUCGCUGCUCAUCCUCCUGCUCUUCCUCCUCCUCUCCCUCUCCUCCCUCUUCCUCUCCCCCUCCGCUCCCAACCCCCAAAUCCAGCAUCUCCGCUCACUCCCAACCCCAUCCCCUCAAUCCAACUUCACAUUUCUCAUCAAAGUCCUCACCUUCGACCGCCCCGCCUCUGUCUCCCGCUGCCUCAACUCUCUCGCCAGAGCCCACUACGACUCCGCCGACAAAGUUCAUCUCCACAUCUACGUCGACCAUUUCCCUCAAAAUUCUCCAACUGGGCCUGACGAAAAAUUGAAUCUUUCCACCCAGAUUCUUGAUUUCGUUGAUGGGUUCGAGUGGAGAUUCGGAGAGAAGGUGGUGCAUUACCGGACUUCCAAUGCAGGGCUGCAGGCGCAGUGGCUCGAAGCAUGGUGGCCUGCUUCCGAUCAUGAGUUUGCAUUUGUUGUUGAGGAUGAUCUCGAGCUUGCGCCUCUUUAUUACAGGUUUCUGAAGGCGUUGAUCUUGAAUUAUUACUAUAAUGCCACGAAUUUCAGUCCUUCCAUUUACGGGGCGUCGCUGCAAAGGCCGAGGUUUGUGCCAGGUAAACAUGGAAACAAAAUGCAUUUAGAUGAUGAAUCUCGGAUUUUCUUGUAUCAGCUGGUUGGAACUUGGGGCCAGCUUCUAUUCCCAAGACCUUGGAAAGAGUUCCGUCUGUGGUACGACAUGCAUAAGUCCAAAGGUGUGAAGCCUUUCCUAGACGGAAUGGUAUCAAAUGGGUGGUACAAGAAGCUGGGAGAGAAAAUCUGGACUCCGUGGUUUAUAAAAUUUAUCCACUCUCGUGGAUACUUUAAUAUCUAUACCAAUUUUCAUAAUGAGAGAGCAUUGAGCAUCAGUCAUAGGGAUGGAGGUGUCAAUUAUGGCAAAACAGCAGGACCUGAUUCUCAGUUACUGGAUGAAAAUUUGGUCGAUUUCAACGUACUAGAACUAUAUCCUUUAAAGGAUCUCAAUUGGUAUGAUUUCUGCUUCCGAAAAGUAUUAACCAACAGAAUCGUGACGACUUCACAUGAACUUGCAAGUGUUCUUCAAUCUGUGCAACACAAAAAAACUGUUUUGCUUGUUAGUCUGUUUAAAGUACCAGAUACGGUUGUCAGGAAUAUGCUCUGCCACUUCGAGGGGCUGAAUAUACGAAAUUACAUCUUGGUUGGACCGACUUCUGAUUUUUUGAUUGAUCUUGCUAGAAGAGGGCACCCAGUCAUUGAUGCCAGCAACUAUUCUGACUUCAGCAAACUUUCCAUGUCCGUCAACUUUCAGGAUUCGACGAUGGAACUGUUCAAAGAAAUUCUGGUGCUAGCAUCUGUGACUAGAAAUAAUUUGGAACUUGGUUACAGCACCUGGGUGCUUGACGGUAACAUGCUUCCACGUAAUAACAUGUCAUUUUCGGAUACCUUUGACCGCACAAAUGACUUGUAUGUCGGGAAGGCUAGUAGGAUUCUUUUUGUUCGGAGCUCAUCCUCUUCUUUGAGGAUUUGGGCUGGUGAUUUCCCUUUCAAGAUUGCUUCAUCGGUGGAGACUUUGGGAAAACUAUCAGUUUCUUCGCCUAUUUUUUUCUAUGCUAUUGAGAAUUUACUGAAAAAGCAAAGUAUCGAUUUUAAGAACAUUGAUGAGAUGCACAUUGGCUUGGAUUUUGGUGCUCUUCAAGCUAACUCGUCCUCAUUUGACAGGGACGAUAAAUUUGUUAUCUGGUCUUCUGAUAUAGAGUUAGGUGUAUUACAGAAGCAACUUGCACAUGUAAAUUUGUGGUUUUUGGAUGUCGAUUCAUCAUGUUCUUCAGUUGUUUGCCAUCCUUUGUAGCAUUUGCAUUUCCUUUGUACUUUAAACAAGAAUGUUACUCUCAAUGACAAAAAUUUUGCUUCUAGUUUUA